AAUUCUGCACAGUCCCGCCUCCAAGCCUUACGGACUGUUUUCUCAGAAAGGGCUUGAGCAGCUCGGACUAUGAUAUUUUAACCGGUGAACGUUCGAAACAGAAGUAGUCUCCCUAAUUCAUAACUUUACGUAUAGUAUGUUUUUUCCGUCGUUCACAAAAGUCCAUGGUUCACCACAGGACGAGUAAUGGAAAUCAUGAAAUAUCUCUUUAAGCCAAGAGUACUUGUUCUAGCAAGCCAGGUUACCUUGAGCUGUUUUAAUUAGAAGAAAGACAGUAACCUAGAUGGCUGGCAGGCAGAGAUCUGGGGGCCAGACUGGGAAAGCAGCAGCUAUUGCCCGGCUACUACACGAAGAAUGCGCCCAUCUUCUGCAGUUAUACAGUAAGCGCGAGUCCCUCCCAUCUUUUGCUGCCCCUGGGGGUCAGUUGGUGACAUUGCCUCCGCUGGGUGCUCAGCUUUCCCCUGUAGAGAAGCUUUGCUUUAUGCAUGCUGCGCUCAGUGAGUGUCUCCGCUUGCUGAACGAAGCCAUUAAGCGUGAGGAUGCUGAAUUUCCCCCCGAAGAGGAUGAAUACAGGACUCAGCGCGCAACCGUCAAAGACAGACUGGGACACUUGCUGCUGACCACUGAGCGCCUCCUGAUGGACAGCAAGAAAUGUGCAGCCGGCGUCGCAGAGGUGCCGGAUGUUGUGGACAAUGGGUCAUUUGCCCUGAAGAAGUGGAUCCUCCAGAUGCUGCAGGAUUUAGUGCACUGGUCCAGCCAAACUUCAGAAACUCUAAAGUCACUGUUGAUGGAGACAGAGAAAGCACAGGGAAGGACAAGGAGAGCGGCAAACAGACACAAGGGGAGACUGAGGAAAUGAAUGUCUGUGUAAAAAGUGUGUUUGUGUGUGUGUGUGUGUGUGUGUGUGUGUGUGUGUGUGUGUGUGUGUGUGUGUGUGUGUGUGUUUGUGAGAAAGAGAGCGAGAGAGAGAGUGAGAAAUAGAGAUUGGGUCACAGAACUACAGAGAGAAAAUAAGUUGCUGGAAAGUCUUACCAUGACUCCCUCUGAACUCUAUACUCCACCAGAGGAAAAUACAUUUUGGUCAGAGAUUCCAGUUUAAUCCAAUGGAGGAAAUAUAGAAAAUCUACCGCAGCCUGCUAAAGGCUAUCACACACUAGAUAAGAAACACCAAUAUCAAGCUCAUUUUAUACUCUUCUUUUACUGGAUUAAUCACUUUUAGUGUCAGCCAAUUAACUCUUAGUAUGAAAAAUGAAAGUGAAGUAACACAGUGUACAAUCUAAUUAGGCUAGUAACAUUAACUGACACGAUAAGCAUUUGUAUGUGCAUCUCACACACUCGGGUUGUCUUUCUCUGAGUAACUUUCGAGCUACGUCAUCUGCUGUGGCUUUGUGUAGUUUGGUUUUGGAUUUAAUUUGAAGAGAGAUGCCAAGCUUAGAGAUUUUGAGCAAUGUUAGACUGGUGCUAACUCGCUGACUGGUGCUGCAUGUCAAUGCCAUAUGUUGCUGUAGGUGUUACACCUUCAUUAAAAACUAUGAUUCUGAAAGA